CGUCACUCACUUCAAUCAUGGCGAUUGUUGGUCUUUCUUUUAGGAACGAUUAAUUUCUGCUAUAAUUUUUUUAUUUAAAACUAAAACUUUAUCAAGUGUAUUGUUUGAAUUAUUAAUUCCAUUAUUAUAAUUUUAUCAAUAUCAGUAAAUAUAAAUUUUUAACAGUUAAAAUGAGUUCUGCAACGUCAACUGCACUAUUUGCUUGUUCCCGUUGUUUUUCAAGGCAUCCUUUCGAGGAACUAUCUCCUGGAGAACAACUAUGUAAAGAAUGCCGUGGUUCGUUCCCGGUGGUGAAAUGUACGUACUGCCGUUCGGAGUUUCAACAAACAAGUAAAUCAAAUACAUCAUCAAUCUGUAAGAAAUGUGAAGCGAACGUGAAGGCUUAUGGCAAACCUACUGCAUGUGAAUAUUGCAACAUCAUUGCUGCAUUUAUUGGCAACAAAUGUCAGCGGUGUGUAAAUUCAGAAAGAAAAUAUGGGUCCGCUGUAACAUGUGAGCAAUGUAAACAAAGGUGUGCUUUUGACAGACAUGAUGAUAGUAAAAAGGUUGAUGGCAAACUGCUAUGUUGGCUAUGCACCCAAUCAUUGAAGAGAGCUCUUGCUAGAACCAAACAGCAUCUUUCUUCAGUUGACAAACACAAGCACAGAUCUCACAAAUCCAAAAACAGUCACAAAGAAAAGCGUAAAUCUGACUCAAUGAAAGGAAAUGGUAAUGAUUUAUCCAUGGGUGAUGCCCCAUUGGAAAAAAAAUCCAAACUUAACCCGCUUCAAGGUUUGUUCUCAGGGGAAUUAGAUCCUAACAGUUCAGACCAUGUAGUAGCUAUGACACAAUUGAAGGAAACUAUUGCAAGUUUACAGAAGAAAGUGCAGCAGAAAGAGAUGGAAUUACUCUCCAAAGAUAAAUUGAUAACAGAACUUAAGGCCCAACACCACAAUGAUACAACAGACCUCCGUAUCGAGAUGAAGAACAAAGAGCGUCUGAAUGAGACAAAAUUCAGCCUUAUGAACAGCAAAAUCCAAAAUUUGCUUAAGGAGGUGGCAACACUGAGCAAAUCUGCUAAAAGAAAUAACAAAAAUGUUAAAUCUCUGACAAAUGAUAACAGUGGAAGUGGUACAGACAGCCCGAGCACCAAUUAGGACAAUUUAGGCCGUACACACACGAUCGGGUGAACAAUUUUUUUUUAUCAUCAAAACUGAGUUACUCUUUCAAAAAAAAUUUGGUGACUGGCUCAAACUGUAAGAAACAUUCAAAGUAUGAAAUAACGUGUUAAUUGACAUUGACAUAUAGCUAAUUUAUUCUAAUUGAAUUUUAGUUAACCUUUUUAUUAUGUUUAAAUGUAGUCUUAAACUUGUCCUAAAGAAAAUAAAAACAACACAUCUAAUAGCGUAAGAGAAUGGUAACAAAAAAAUUUAAUGAAUAUGUUUUGGUUUAUGAAUGUUGAAACUAAACGAAUUCGACCCAUGAAUAUUAUUCGUGUAGUUAAAUACGUGUGUGUACUUAUGUACGCGUUAGAAGUUAUACUUCUUAGGCGUAACAAGAUAAAAAUCUUUUCAACGAUUUUAUUCUACAUAUGUCUGUAGAGAAAACGACACUAAGAAAAGAAAAAAAGAUAUUUAAUACAGUUUUAUUAUAACGCAUUAUAUAGUUAAAUAAAGUUUAUU